UUUCGAUGUUUCCUUUGGCAAGGAAAAAAAAAAAAAAUAAAGAAAAAAAAGAAAAAGGAGAAUGUACAAACAGUUUUGCAUAUAUUCAUGCUCGAACGUAUAAUCCUCUCGACGUUCGAAAGUCAUAUAUUUGUCGAAUAAACGUUUGAAACAAGCUGAAUGAACGAUAGUUAAAUAAAGGCAAGUUGAAAGAGUAAUUUGCAUUCAAGGAGGAUCUCUUUCCUCUUAGUCUUAGGAGGGGAAACGAUGUCGUGCGCGAUUCAACAACUUUUCCCUUCUCAAUUUCAUCACUUUCAUGAAUCGAUGACUCGAUACCGGUUUACAUCGAUGAUAAUCCGUAGAUUCGAACGAGUUCCAUUCCAUGUUCGACGAACUCUUAGAGAUAAUACUUCUUAGAAUCGAUAUUUAAACAUUUCAAAUAUUCGAUAGUUUUUUUUUCCCCCUUUCCCCUUCGUUUCUCGUAAACGGACAGUUCUGACAAUCUAACUCGCUUUUCUCGCUUCUCGAACUCUCGAAAUUAGCCUGCUCGAGUGCAUCCGGUGUAUCGAGGGAUCCUCGAUCUCUCGUACGAAAUGAAAAGAACCAGGCUCGGUACUUUCGCUGCUCGAGAAGAUUCACCGAGUGAAACCAAUUGUGUUCCGUUGUGUGUGAACGUCCUUUGCCGCCUAUAUAGAGGGCCGAUCGUGGGCGUUGGAUCAACAGUAUUGUUCCAGAACUCUCGUUCCAUGUAUCGUAUUCUUCUCCACCUCGAUCUUUCCUUUGUUUCUUCUUUUUUUCCCUCUCUCUCUCUCCAACGAGAAAAAUGAAGGAAACUUCUUCGUUCGUCGAAUCGAUCCUCGAUUAAUUCUCGAAUUCCUCCUCAAGGAAUGGAACGAUUGGGCUAAAUAGGCCAGAUCAAGGGAAAACUUCACCAUCAUCAUCAUUAUCGAGACUUUCUCCCCGAUCCUCUUCCUUUCGUCACUCGUGGAACGCGAUGAAGCACGGAUUGAGAACCUUGUGCCUUUUAAUCUACAUCUCAACCGGGAUCACGGUGAUCGUUGAAUCGAUCGAGGAGGAGUCUGCGAGCUCGACGAACGAGGAUGAAAAUCGGGCGGGCUUCGACGAGGGUUUCGGCUCGUGUCUGGCUGGGAAACGGUACGCCACGCUGGAAUGCUUGAAUCGAGGCGCUCUGACCGCUCUUCGAUCGAUCGAUCGAAAGGACGAUUUGGAUCUUGGCGACGUACACCUGGAGAGAGCGGACGGCCACGAGAGAAGAGAAGUUUUGGAUUGGGAUUACGAUCCAAAGGAUUUCGGGAGCGUCGUGAGGGCGGCCACCGAACUGAUGGAACGGCGAAGCCUCAGAUGGAGUCUGGAUAACGUGUAUCCCGGACUCGAAUUGAGAGCCGGGCCGACGUUGAACGGAAACGGCGUACUGGAGUUCGUCGUCAAUGAAAAAUCCACGGUUUUCGGGGACAGGCAAACAUUGGGCCCGGGAAGGCAAAUGAUGAGACACCUGUUGAUACCAUUCCUGCUAGGUUUUAAGUUCAACCUGGCCUCCCUGAUCCCCCUCAUGUUCGGCUUUCUGCUGCUGCUCACCAAGAAGGCUCUGCUGUUGACGAAGGUGGCGCUGGUGAUCACCGGCCUGCUCGGCUGGAAUUCCUUCUUCUCCACCGCCUAUCCAAGCGGCAUCCAUCACUCUCACGAGGGACACGGCGCAUUUCCACCAAACUACGAGCAGUAUUACAAUUUCCACCACAGACCACCGUACAGGGGAUUCCAGGGCAACGACUUCGAGUCGCCGUACUACAGCCAACACGUCAUCAGAGAGGUGGUCGACGUUUACGAUAACGCGGAGCAGAGCGUUGACAAGAGCAAGGGGCGGAACGGGAAGAAUUUCGUUUGGGUGAAGAGUAGUUGACUCGCUCUACUGUUCGAUUCGUUGUAUUCAAAUUCAAUUAGUUUAAUUCCAUUUCACAGCUACGUUCAACGUUGCCUUGUACGUUGAUUCAUUACGAUAUUAUGAAGUUACGUUGAAAAAGAAAUUUCAGAAGAUAUGUAGAAUGAAAUCGGAUUGAAAUAUAUUCCGCUCUCUUUUCCUCGCCA